GAUUUGAAACACAAACCAGCAGCACAGCAGCGCAAGUUCAUACGAGUUGAGUUGUGCGAUUUUUGGAGGCGGAAUUAGUGAAAGACCCCCUUCAAGUCAACCCGAGAAGUUGUUCUUUCGUGCGAUCACGAGUCCUGCUGCAGAAUAAAGACAGGAGGGACAACAGGACAGGAACAGUCAUGCUCAGAAAAAUUGUGCGUCUUCUGUUCGGGGGCGAAGUAGAGAGGCCGGAGGAAGUCAAGCCUGGAGAUGCAGCUGAGGAUGGAUGGCUUGUUGUCAACCAUCAAGAGGCAGGUGGAUGUGAGAAGCAGGAUGCCCUGGUGGCUGCUGCACAACAGGCUCAGGCCGCUUCUCAGGGAGAAACGCCUGCCAACGCAGAAAAGAGCAGCCCGUCGCUUGUGAAGCCCACCGUUCCUCCCAGUCGGACCGUGGCGAGCUAUGUCUCCCAGCCUAAAGCCGUGGCAGAGCUGAGCCAGGUGACCUGCGCUCAGAAGGCAAAGGCCCGGACAGACCGCCGCCACGCGUCCCGCAACGCCAUGCAGCGCCAAAACCAUGUUCACCAAGCGCUGCAGCACAACUCCUUCCACCUCCACCAGCCUGGGCAUCGCAGCCUUAGCCACUGAGGAUCAGCUCACACUACAAGGGAUGAAGAUCUGCUUCUACUUUUAUACCCAUAUAAGCACACAGCUUGUUUUUUUGUGUGUUUUUUUACUUUAACACACAUAAUCCUAACUCACUAAGACGCUUGCUAUGAAGUAAUAGGCAGCUAGGUUGUUGUUUUAAGCCUAUAAAGCACUAUUUGUUAUAGUAGGAAUAAAUAUGUUCGCCUCAUGAAAUGAGAUAUAGUGUUAUGUGCAUGCAUGGCAUUGCAUAUUUGUGGAUGGAGAAUUGCAGUCUAUAUAUGUUUGUUUUUUUCUUGGAUAUGUUAUUGUGUAUGCAUUUACACUUUAUGUGCUUGUAUUGGAGCAUUUAUUGUAGGGUUAAUAAAUAAAGUUUUAUAGA